UGAAGAAUAUAUAUCGGCCAGUAAAAGUUCUAAUGAAGACCCUAAUAGAGUUUUUUUGAAGGAUAUUACAAUUAUGACGAACAAUGAUAAAUCCAAAGAUCCCAAAAAAGAGAAGGAUCAAGAAAAAGAAGUUGGAUAUGGGAUCAUUUUACAGAAUUACCUACUGAUAAUGGAUCCAAAGGCCAAACAAGUUGAUAAAGCUUUAGUUGAAUUUAUAAUUACCAAUUCACAACCAUUUUAUUUGCUUAAAAAUCUAGGAUUUGUGAAAUAUUUAAUGGCACUUGGUCC